CCAGUCUGCAUCUGACAGCUCUGAAGUCGCCAUGCUCCGACUCCUCCUCUGCCUCGCCGCCUUCCUCCCGGCCAUCCUCGCCCAAGGAGGAUCCCUGGAGACCUUCGAGGACGUGGCAGCAGCUCUGCUGGCCGGGCAUCGCGUGUCUGCCAAUUUUGACAGCAGUUUGUGCGAAUCCACCAACAUUCCUGAACCUCUCGUGGGGUCUGUGCAUUUCGACGCAUGGUCAUACACGGAGGUGGAGCUGGAAACUCCAUAUGUUGUCGCCCUGCAAAGUUUCCUUACCCCUACUGGGACGUUCAUCCUGGUAAUUUCGUAUGUGGAUGCCAACGGGGUUGCUGUCUUCGAUUCCUACGAGAUUUCCAGCGAAAACGGUCUCGUUAUCGACAACUUCGUCGUGCAAUGUGCGGUUGGGGUCGGGGCCUUCUUCGUGGAGAAGGGCAACCACCAACCAGAAAAGUUCACACCUGAAGGAGAAGCUUCAGAACCGAAAGAAACAGACCGAACACAGCUGCAUAUUUGUUCCAGCACUGCUCUGACAUCAUACGAAGAAUUACUGGCGGCAUUGAUGGAAGGACGACAAUUGACGACCGCAGCAACAGUCAGUGACUGUUUGCAUCCCCUGCCACCUGAAGUCACUACCGCCGCAGGUGGAUCCUCGUACUACCAGUUCUACGUCGUCCCAGACGAGACGGGAGAGGAGGUUAUCAUUGUGGAAUACCCUGGCUUGUUGCUCAGCGUGAAUGAGGGCGAGACGGUUUACACGGUGACCAGGACCUUCAUUUCCCCGGAUGGUUCUGUCUUCAUUAUUGUCAAUUACUACAAUACCCUGACCUGGGAGGACGAAUAUCCUUAUCCAGAAGGAUACCGGUGUGUCCUCGGAGAAUCCAUGAAAUUUUUCGAUGCCUCAGGUGAUUCCUAUGAUUCAUUCGGAACGUAUGCUGAACUGGAUGCUGCGUUUUUGGAAGGGAAGGACAUCCAAGUUUCCCUGAUUUCCUCCUCGUGCCUUUCGCCAAACACGACGCUACCCGAAGUCCUCAAUCUUGGAGCCAAGGUGAUCUCUUGGGUUCGAACGGAGGCUGGAGAGCAACCCGGCAUCGUCUUCUCUCAAUCCAUCGUCGACGUCUUUGGGGAUUUCGUCUUGGAAGAAUUCUAUGCCGCCGAGGACGACCAACUGUACCUAAGAACGACCGCUUUCAAUCCAAUCGACCCUGCCGACGCCCCAGAAGUAUUAUUGUACAUGUGCGCCAUCGGUGAAGGAGCCCUCUUCUCCGCGCCUUCCUUCGGCCGAACGGAGUUGACGGAUUACGCGGCGGUGGUGGAGGCGGAAAUGAACGGUGCGAAGUUGUCAGCCGAGAUCGACUUCAACGAAUGCGUGGAUCCCACCGGUGAAGUCGAUCUCAGCGGUGUCAGGGCAGGCGCAUACCUUCAAGAUCUUGUCAUUUUCAGUCCCGGAACCCCUGAUGCAAGGCUAUUUGGAUCGGCGUUCGCCUUGAACAGCGAUCCCAUCAGCGUUUAUGCCUAUGAGAGUUUCGGGGUGACCGUCGAUGAAAACAACAACGCUGUCGUCGCCCCAGGCUACUGGCAUUAUAACGAAAACGGAGAAUGGACCAACGACUUUGGCACUACGAUAUUGGAAUGCACUCUCGGCGAGGGGGUCAUGAUCUUCCAGGAGGCCUAAGAGUACAAUAAAUUCCGAUUCAUUCGUUCAUCCUUUUUUUUCUUUCUGCUCCUAAUUUGUGCUGGGAAGGCUGUUGGGGCUCUGACGCGACUUUUCACCGCGAUGACGGGCUAGCGCAUUAUGCAAUGAGCCUGUGUGGUGUUUUCCAGUGAUUAAAGUAUUUCAUUCUGA